GGUUCAGGCAGCUCCGUCCUUCCCCCUUCUCCUCCUCCUCCUCUUCUUCCUCCUCCUGGGUAUGACGGCGUCCUCAGGAUCCUCCUCAGGGGACAGCCGGGAGGAGCGCCUCUUCGCCAUCCACACCACGACCUCCGUCACCAAACUGACUACCGUCACUGUGACGGGUCUCUCAACCUGUCUCUCCACCGCUACAGGAAGCUGUCUUGGGAGGAAGAGGAGAAUGGCCAUGCCCAGUGCCCUGAACCUCGAAGUGCUCCUAGGAGACUCCGAAGCCGACCUGGCGGGAAGUCGGACAGAUUCCUUCGAAGCCGCCCAACCGUUGUUUGCCGGCGAUACCGAAGAAGGAGGGAACAGGAGGAAGCAGAGGGAACUGACGGUCUGGUCAACGGCCUAUACGACCAUCACCAUCACUAGCACCUCCAUCUUGGCGUCCACAACCGUCACGGCUUCGGCCUUGUGCCUGGUGUCUGGGAUUUCACAGACAUGCUUCUCUUAAUUAGCUCGUCUAAUUGAUCACCUUCGAUGUAUACUUAGUCCGGAGGCCAUGUUGAGAGAUGUCAUUCUUCUUAUUUCGAGUUUGGUGUAGCUAUAGGUCUAGCACAUGUGCACUUUCUGGAUGUUUUAUGAUAAAUUUCCACAACUACUAUUCAUCAAGAGUGAUUAAAAAUGUAAUUAACUGUUACUUUAGCAGUCAAAAUAAUCUCGUAAGCUAUUAACUUGUACUUUAGCAGUCAAGAUCUUCAUCUCGUAAGCUAUUAACUGGUACUUUAGCAGUCAAGAUCUUCAUCUCGUAAGCUAUUAACUGGUACUUUAGCAGUCAAGAUCUUCAUCUCGUAAGCUAUUAACUGGUACUUUAGCAGUCAAGAUCUUCAUCUCGUAAGCUAUUAACUGGUGCUUUAACAGUCAAGAUCUUCAUCUCGUAAGCUAUCAACUGGUAAUUUAGCAGUCAAGAUCUUCAUCUCGUAAACAGUCAAGAAAUACUAGGCCUAGAAUGUUUAAAUUCCAAACACUUGUUUUUAUAAAUGUGUUGCUUACUAAUUAAUCCACUUGCAAAAACUUUGUUAAGAGAAAUUUAAAAAAUGCCAAUAAACAGUAAAAGAAUGAGAAUUGUGACAUUUGAACAGCAUGGCCCGUUAGCGGACUUGUGAUGGAAUGCGCUUUACCACGUUUUUUUAAUCGUUAUUUAUUUUUAGUUUACACUCUCAAGGUCUCCACAGUAUGUUAUAAAGCAUGUUGACUAAUAAAUGUUCAGUAUCUCAUAGAAGUUUCUUGAUAUCCGUUAUCGUAAUUACGUCACAUAUAACCGAAAGAAGAAUAUUUCUCCUGAGUGACGUAGGAGCAGAGUCGACACGACGCCAA